AAGGGGAGCAGCCGCUGUACCAGUCCCAUUCCCAUCACUGCCAAAGAUGCUCAGGGUCCCAGAGGGGUGUAAGGAGGGAGGGAGGCUGCAAGCUCCGUUGCCAUGGAGAUAAUGACGAACUGAGUACCACAGACAGAAGCAUGGGGAAGCCAGUGAUCCUUCCAGCGGGUACAAGAUGGAGACGUGGGGCUCCCCGAGAAAAUCUUGCUUUAUCUCCGUGACUGAUGAAUUUGGGACUGAGUAGAGACCUUGACAUUAGGAGGAGCAGGGGAAUUAUAAUGAAGCAUCAGACGGGAAAGAGCGUAAUGACCUUGUCCAGCAGGUUAGCCAUGCUGGCCUCGUAGCAGCGCCUCACCUCGGAAGGAUCUCGGGCGGGUGUGGGGGGGCCCGGCCCUGCCUAGACCAUGGAAGAAAGUAAGAAUGAUAAGGCCAACCUGUCGCACGCGUUGUUUGACCGCUUUGUCCAGGCCACCACGUGCAAGGGAACUUUGAAGAGUUUCCAGGAGCUGUGCGACCAUUUGGAUUUGAAGCCCAAAGACUACCGGACCUUCUAUCAUAAACUCAAGUCCAAGCUCAACUAUUGGAAGGCCAAGGCGCUAUGGUCCAAACUGGACAAGAGAGGGGCUCACAAGGAUUACAAGAAGGGGAAAGCAUGCAUCAACACCAAGUGUCUGAUCAUCGGGGCGGGACCCUGCGGCCUACGGACAGCGAUAGAACUCUGCUUCCUGGGGGCCAAAGUAGUCGUUGUGGAGAAGAGAGACGCCUUUUCUCGGAACAAUGUUUUGCACCUUUGGCCCUUCACUAUCCACGACCUGCGUGGGCUGGGGGCCAAGAAAUUCUACGGGAAGUUCUGCGCCGGAGCCAUUGAUCAUAUCAGUAUCCGGCAGCUGCAGCUUAUUUUGCUCAAAGUCUGUCUGAUCCUUGGGAUCGAGAUUCACGUUAAUGUCGAGUUCCAAGGUUUGAUCGAACCUCCAGAAGACCAGGAGAAUCAGCGGAGCGGCUGGCGAGCAAAGGUUUACCCAAAAGGACACUGUGUGUCUGACUAUGAAUUCGAUGUCAUUAUUGGUGCAGACGGAAGGCGAAACACGCUGGCAGGUUUCCGGCGGAAAGAGUUUCGUGGUAAGUUGGCGAUUGCAAUCACGGCCAAUUUCAUCAACCGCAACACAACAGCCGAAGCGAAGGUGGAGGAGAUCAGCGGCGUGGCCUUCAUUUUCAACCAGAAGUUCUUUCAGGAUCUACGAGAGGCGACAGGGAUCGAUCUGGAGAACAUUGUUUAUUAUAAAGACGACACUCACUACUUUGUCAUGACGGCAAAGAAACAGAGCUUGCUGGAGAAGGGAGUGAUCUUACAGGAUUAUGCCGAUACGGAGCUGUUACUUUCCCGUGCCAAUGUGGACCAAGAAGCCCUCUUGAACUAUGCCACAGAAGCUGCCAGGUUCUCAACCAAUCAGCAGCUGCCCGCGCUGGACUUUGCCAUAAAUCACUAUGGGCAGCCGGAUGUGGCCAUGUUUGACUUUACCUGUAUGUACGCGUCGGAGAAUGCCGCCCUUGUGCGGGAAAGGAAUAACCAGAGGCUGCUGGUGGCAUUGGUUGGAGACAGCCUUCUGGAGCCCUUCUGGCCUAUGGGAACCGGCAUUGCACGCGGGUUUCUUGCUGCUAUGGAUUCCGCAUGGAUGGUACGAAGCUGGUCUCAAGGUGCCAGCCCUAUGGAGGUGCUAGCAGAAAGAGAGAGUAUAUACAGGCUCCUCCCUCAGACUACUCCUGAAAAUGUGAGCAAGAACUUCAGCCAGUACAGCGUCGACCCAACUACUCGGUAUCCCAAUGUCAACUUGCAGUUCCUCCGACCCAGUCAAGUACGUCACCUGUACAAUACCAGUGAGUUGAAGGAUCCAAAUAUAGAGAUUGGGAACGCUGUGAACUCAAGGACACCAGUUCUGGGCCGAAAUGAGUCAGUCGCCCGCACCGGUAAGCUGCUUGGAUGGUGCCAAAAGCAGAUGGAGGGUUACCCUGGAGUCAAUGUGACCGACCUUACCAUGUCUUGGAAGAGUGGCCUGGCGUUAUGUGCUAUUAUCCAUCGGUACCGCCCUGAGCUCAUAAACUUUGAAUCUCUGGAUGAGCAGGACGUGGAGAAGAAUAACCAGCUGGCCUUUGAUAUUGCUGAGCGGGAGCUGGGCAUCUCGCCCAUCAUGACCGGAAAGGAAAUGGCUUCUGUGGGGGAACCAGACAAGCUGUCCAUGGUCGUGUAUCUCAGCCAGUUCUACGAGAUGUUCAAGGAGUCUGACGCAGAGGAUGCCAACCAAUAUGCCGAUGAGAAGGCCGCCCUGCUUGCCAGCACCAAGUCUCCCAUCUCCUUCCUCAGCAAAUUGGGGCAGACUAUCUCUCGGAAACGCACUCCCAAGGACAAAAAGGAAAAGGACUCUGAUGCCUCAGGAAAGCGAAGGAAAACAAGCCAGUCCGAGGAUGAGGAAGCUCCCCGAACGCAGCGGGAGGAAAAGCCGGCAUCGGUGAGCGCCGUGGCCGAGAGGCGGAAUGAGACUGCGUCUGCCGCCGGCCAAAAUAAAGUCAAAUCAAUGGCCACUCAACUCCUGGCAAAAUUUGAGGAGAACGCCCCGGCCCCCAAUGCAGGACUGCGCAAACAGAGACCCACCCUUCCCUAUCAGGAGCGCUUGCAAAACCAGGCUUCUCAGAGGCAGACUGAGCCUCAGUGGAAACAGCGCAGGGAUAACCAACGACCACGGAGUUGCCCUAAAAAGGUCAUCACCUUAAAUGCGGGGUCUUCGCCUGUGCCUCUCCCUGUGCUGCAGACAACCCCGGUGCUCGGCAGUAGCCGUUGGGAGCAGUGUCCCACACUGGAGAGGUCCGAGACCCAAUCCCGCUCUCCGGCUGGCCAAUGGCAGCAGACCCUUGCUCAGCGUUCCUCCGACCGCCCCUCGUCCCCCUCGUCCGAUGCCCUUCGACAGAAGUAUAUAAAGAUGUACACAGGUGGAGUGAGCUCAUUGGCUGAGCAAAUAGCCAAUCAGCUUCAAAAGAAGGAAACGCCAAAACCUCUGUUCGGGAAGAAAGUGGGCUCAUUUAGGAAAGAGUUCCCCCAGAACCUGGGAGGGAGCGACGUCUGCUAUUUCUGCCGCCGGAGGGUUUACGUCAUGGAGCGGCUCAGCGCCGAGGGCAAGUUCUUCCACCGGAGCUGCUUUAAGUGUGACUACUGUAGCACAACGCUGCGCCUCUCAUGUUAUGCCUAUGACCUUGAGGAUGGAAAAUUUUACUGCAAACCUCACUACUGUUACCGCCGGUCCGGAUACAGCCAGAGGAAGAGGCCGGCCAUGCCUGCACUUUCGGGAAAAGAAGUCACAAGGACUGUGGAAGACACCCCCGACGCGGAAGACCAAGGACGAGCCCCGCUGCUGCCCGCCCCCGCUGCUGAGAAGACCCCAGGCCCCAGUGUGAACGGCGUGGAAGAUCACAGCGCCGCCAAGAGGCUGAGAGCCACCCCAGAGCGCAUUGAGCUUGAGAAUUACCGCGUCUCCCUGCAGAAGGAGGAGCUGGAGGAGGUGCCCGAGGAAACCCUGGCGGAGCAUAAUCUGAGCAGCCUAUUGGAUAAAGGGGAGGUGGAAGAGGUGGCCAGCAGCAGUUCCGAGUCCGAGAUGGAGGAGGAGGAGGACGAAGAAGAAGAGGAGGAGGAGCCAGGAGAGUGCCUUCCCCCCUCAGAUCUGGGUGGGGUGCCGUGGAAAGAGGCCGUCAAGAUCCACGCCAAGUUAAAGGGUCAGGACAUAGAUGUGGAGGUUGUGGGAACCCAGGGGGCUGGUGGCAGUGAAGAGGAGGAGGAGGAGGAGGAAGAAGAGGACGAAGAGGAGGAAGAUGAAGAGGUAUCAAGUGAAGAGGGUGAGUACUGCCCAUGGGAGAGAGAGCUUCAGCAGGGCCUGUGGAUACAGCGUAUCUCUGAUGAAGAUACAGUUGGUAUAUUUAAAGCCGGGAACCUCAGACUCCAGCAAGCCCUCUCCCCUGUUGACCCCACGGAAAUAAAGGCAGACGUGCGCUGGACACACGUCCGCGAGGUUAAGGAAGAGCGGAGAGGGUCUAAGGAAGAGAGGGGAGAAGUGAGCAUGUCCUCUCCUUCCAAAGCGCGUCAUCUCCAUUCCCACCGUCACGACCCAGUGAGAGCGUGGCUGGAGUCCGUAUCAGGAGCUACUGGCGAGUAUGAAGAAGGUGAGGAGGAGGAGCUGGGUACUUGCCUGGCGCAGGCUGAAGCAGCUGGUGAUGGGGACACCUCCGCAGACCUUGGUGAUGAUGAUGACAUCCCGUCCGACGCCGAGGCCGAAGAACGGCUCCAGCAGUCUCAGAGGUUUAAAUUGAAGCUGGAUGUAGCCCAAGAGCCUAAGGUGGAGCAACCCGUCCUGCCAGCAAUUGCAGAUUCUGAGAGCGUCCCCAGCCCAGUCUCUCUGGCACCGAAAGCCCCCGUGCUGUCUCCAAGAAGGACACUCAAAGCGGAAGCAGAAAAGGUUCCUGUGAUGUCUCCGAAGGCAGUGACCUCUCCUGGGGGUCGGUUCUUUGCGGAUCCGUAUCUGCCAUUGGACAGCAGCAACAAAGCCUUAGUGGAAGCAAAAACUCCAACUCCUCUAUCUCCUGUUUGCUCCCAACCAGUCCCAUCGCAAGAACCUGUUAUCCCUACAUCUCCUGUGAAGUCUCCCUCAGUCCCAGCAAACACGCGCCCACUUAUAUCCCCAUCAGCUCCUAUUUGUUCCCAGCCACUGCCGUCCUCAGAGGGUACCCUAAAUGCUACAGACAGGCCCCCCGUGCGUCAGCAGCCAUCCCCUCUAAUCCCCUCUACUUCUUUAACCAAACUGCCUUUUACUGGUCACGUCAUGGGAUCUGAACAAUUAGUUAGCCCUAAUGCAAAAGAGGUCCUGAAACGUAUUGACCUUAUCGAAGAGUUCUGGACAAAAAGCGCCGAGAUCAGGCGCAGCUUAGGGCUGGCCCCCGUGGACAGAGAUCGGGUACAUGAGAUCAGUUUCCCUGCCCUAGCUUCAACUCCUCUUCAGCCUCAGGCACCUAAAUCCAAACCUGAGGAGCAAAAGUCACCGUCUCUGAAGCCACAACAAGUUGCAAGAAGAGUGAACCCUUCCCGGCUGGACAUUGAACUGCUCUCCCCUCUGACUCCAAUAUCCCCUUCUGAGAAGGAGCUGAAGAGCUCAGAUGGUGAGAAGAAGGAUAUCUCCACCAGCUCUGGCUUAGGCCUGAAUGGCAGUUCCAUAACACGUACUGCCGCCAGUGAAAGCUUUAACACCUCUGAUUCAGCCAUGCUUACUCCACCAUCCAGCCCUCCACCACCUCCUCCCCAAGGGGAAGAGCCAGCUACUCUACGUAGAAGCCGUACUCCUUGCCAGAAUGGUCCAGAAUCUAUCCCAGCCCCUGCCCUAGCACAGAGCAAGCCCCCUGAGCCCAAAAAGUCCCCCCGCUGGGAAGAAUCUGUACGUAAGUCAUUUGUAGAAAGUGUAGACGAGAUCCCCUUUGCCGAUGAUGUGGAGGACACGUACGACGAAAGAACGGAGAAUUCCAGCCUUCAAGAGAGGUUCUUUACCCCACCAACGAGUCGGGUUAAACCACAUAGAAUUGGUUUCUCCAAGGAAAAUGGAGAGAUCCCAUCUUCUUCGGAGAGAGUGCACCACAGAAAAAGGCUCUUGCCCGACGUCACUCAGGAGGCCAAAGAACGGGCAGAGGAGCGGAUGAAAGCCCGGGAGAAGUCUGUGAAGAGCCAGGCACUGAAAGACGCCAUAGCACAACAGCGGCACAAAAUGAAACAACUAGAACCAGGGGCAAGAUCGGCCAAAGCUCUGCCAUCUACCGUUAUGUUCAGCGAUUACCCUGCAGUAUCUCCUCUCCUGAGAACCCAGACCGAGACUCCCACCCUGAAGCUGGAUACCGACCAGGAGGUCUUUAUAACCCCCCCAGCAGCUCCUGACGGCUCCGUCACUUCCUCGGAAGGUUCAGGCGGGAAACCCAAGAAAAGGCCGUCUAUAUUCUCCCCGAGGAAGAAAGAGAAAAAGUCCAAGGGGGAAAGCAGUCGGGCGUCUGAUAAACAGGCGACGGACGAGAGCACCAAACCCAAGUCCUUGUGGAAAUCCGUCUUCUCCGGGUAUAAGAAGGAAAAGAAGAAGAAGCAGCAGCAGGCGGAGGACAAGUCUACUCCGAGCACUCCAUCCAGCAGCACCACCGUGGACUCUGGGAAAGCCAAGGUGGCAAAUAUGAUCCGCGGAGCAGACCUGUCCCUCCGACGUCACCUGAGCUUCUCGGAGGACUCGGACCUGUCCAGCGACGAUGUCUUGGAAAAAUCCUCCCAGAAAUCUAAGCGAGAGCGGUUUCCUGAAGCCUCGUGCCGGGCCCCUGAAUUUCACAUGCACAGAGAUGAGUCGGUGUAUGUCCCCCACGCCUUGGCAUUCAGACGGUCAUACUCAUCAAAGAAAACCUACACGGACGAGGAGCUAAGCGCUAAGCUAACAAGGCGGGUGCAGAAAGCGGCACGGAGACAGGCCAAGCAGGAGGAGCUAAAGCGGCUGCAUCGGGCACAGAUCAUUCAGCGCCAGCUGGAACAAGUGGAGGAAAAGCAGCGGCAGCUGGAGGAGCGAGGGGUGGCUGUGGAGAAAGCUCUCCGGGGAGAAGCAGACUAUUGGGGAGAGUCUUAUUACAGUGACCUCAUCGAUUUGCACCUGGGUGUUGAUCCCGUUGCCGGGACUCCGCGCCGUAGACCUCUCUCCUUCUGCCCCUGCUGUGCCCACGAAGGGAUGGGAAAGAAGGACGACCCGAAACUCAUGCAGGAAUGGUUCCGCCUGGUGCAGGAGAAGAACGCGCUGGUGCGAUACGAAUCGGAGCUGAUGAUAUUUGCCCGCGAGUUGGAGUUGGAGGACAGACAGAGCCGACUUCAGCAGGAGCUGCGGGAGCGAAUGGCAGUGGAAGAUCAAUUGAAGACGGAGCAGGAGCUGACGGACGAGAAGAAGAUCCUGAACGAGAUGCUGGACGUGGUGGAACAGAGAGAUGCUCUGGUGGCCCUGUUGGAGGAGCAGAGACUGCGGGAGAAAGAGGAGGACAAAGAUCUGGAGGAGGUCAUGUUAUCCAAGGGGUUUAACCUCAACUGGUCUUGAGAUUUUGCCCUCCUUCCUUUGCCCUCUUUCCCCCUGAGCCGGGAAGUCCGACCCCGGCACUGCCGUUUCGACACAUGAAGAAAUACGAGAAUGUUACACGACGACGCUGGGAAGGCUGCCGUGCACUGUGACUCCCUGUGCAGCCGAUACAGGCGAGCAUUCACUGCACACCGGCGCCCCCUGCAGGGCAGGUUAAAUCUGCACAUCAUAUUCAGGUUUACACAAUGCUGCCAUGUCUAUAGCCGUGCAGAGUAUGGCCACUCGGUAAUGGGAUCUCUCCAUAUCCAUGGCUAUUGGCCACUCAGAGGAACCGCAAGUAUUUUGCUCUGAGUCAUGUUCCGCCUAAUUUUAGAAAGGGGAAAUGUGUUUUUUUUUUUUUUGUGGUUCUACUGCUUUUAUCUUAUUACUGAGAAUCCCAAAGGCCAUAAUGUUUUGCCUAUUAGAAGCCACAUGGACUUCCUUAAACAAAGAGAGAGUUUUAUUAUAUUAAUAUUAUUUAACAUAGCUGCUUUUUAUUCUUCAAUAUCCUGCUAUUCCACCCCCCCCCCCCCACCUACCCACGCCACUUGGCUACCGGCAAGGAAAGUACCCCGAGGAAUCCGGAGCAGACCCAAGAGUUGGCGUUGGAGCAAGGGCAAGUCAAGCACUGCAGUUACACGUCGCCACCAGAUGGCGCUACUUUGUUCUUCCAUUCUUAAGGGCAAUGCUGAAGGGACGCGUGGAAAUGUCUGUUGCACUAUAGUGCGAGGGGGAGGAGGUCAUACGAUCAUUUAAGAAUGUGCAAUUGCCUGCAGUCGUAUCUGUGCCGCCAAGCAACAAAGGCAGAAAGGAAACUGGUUGGGGUUGCUAAGGGGAAAGCCCAUGGAUACAUCCUGCACUGAAGAGGAAACAGUAAUGUACUGAAAAGUGCUAUUCAGCCCCUCUUGCACUGCCUGUCAUUGCCAAUGUCCCAGUUUACAGGAAUCCAUAUCCCACUCGCCAUAUUUAUUUCAUUUGUUCUCUGCAUCUGCUGUCCAAUCAGGCGCUGCCGUUCAUGCCGAUGCCAGCGAAUCAGGCUGGAGCAUAACCCGGAUGAUGCUGUGGCCCCACAGGCUGACAGGAGAGAUGCUCUUCAGGCCGCUCCAUAGUGCAUAUUGAAUGGUUGUGGGGGGUUUCAUCUGAAUGAAUCUUCUGCUUUCCCCCCUCUGAUCAAUUUUCCUCCAUCUUUGUUCCUCUUCUAUAAAGUUUAGGGGCGCCAGGAGCCCAAUAUCACCGUUAAGAUAGAUUCCCAGUUGUUCAUGGGAAGUGGGAGGCUCAAUAAACCAAACACCGAAGCUGCAGCAAAGACCUACUGCAAUAUGGCUGCCAGCGGGACCCCUGUUGCGAGGCUACAUUCUCCUUUCCUUGCUUUCUUAUAUUGUACAAUAACGCUGAAUGUCUGCUCGUCUCUGGUCUUCCCUCUGCUCUUUGGAAAUGUUUUUUACAGAAUUGUAUUUUUGUUAAAUUAACCACAGGGGUACAGGAAUGAUGUUACAGUUAUACAUGAGAAUAAAUUCAACUUAUUGUGGGGCUCGUACCCCCGUUUGCCUCGGCCGGGAUCACUGCAUUUAGGGAAAAUAACCCCGCCCUUUGCUUUCAUUGGCUGGAAUGUCUUAUGCCGAAUGGCCGCCCAGGCAUGUCCAUUCUGCAAUGAAUUUCUGGGGUGCAACAGCUCCCUCUAGUGGCUAGAGCGCCAUCAUCAAUGCAAUAGGAGAUUAUGUUUGUCCUUCCCAUUUCUCUUAUAGGCAUUGGGGUGAGUAAGUGGGAAGAUCAGACCCCUGUGUAUUGUGGGUAAGUGAUUGGGGGGGGGGGUCCUGGUCAUUGCUAGAAGCCACACAUGCAACCCUGUUGUUGAGCUACAACUCCCAGCACCUUGGCGUUGGGAGUUGUAGCUCAACAAUAACUGUCCCUUGUGCUUUAAUCAACACGUGGCCCCUGUAAUUCCAGGGCCCUGGGCCCCAUGUCCUUUUUGCCUUCCCUCAAACCAUCUCAGAUAGGUUUCUGGUCCAGUAAAAUGUAUAGGACACACUGGGGGCGCUAUUGUACUAACAGAGUGGGUGGAGAAUAUGAUGCAAGUGGGCGGGGCUUCCCUAAGUGCAGUGAUGUGGCUCGGUUGGCACAGUCAAUACAGUUGUGUUAAUUGGACUGUUCUAUGAGCAUUUAGGGUUGUAGUUCAGUCUGGACAUAGAGAUUAAGCCAUUUAACCCUUUGUUGCGUCAUCACUUUAUUGGGGGGAACAUGAUCCUGCAUUGAAAUCUGUCAAUCACCUCUUGGCCAAUCACCGUCUGCGUUUCUCUCCCUCACCCCCAGCGACUGUAGCCUGAAACCCCCCCCAACCGGCAAAGCCACACAGACACUGUUUCACUUUGUGUUCUUAUUAACUUAUUUUUAAUACUUGAAAGAUUUGUUGUUUUUAUACAUAAAGGUUCGGAAGUGUUAC